AGAAAAAACACAUGAUUUUGACGGUUGCUCCUCUGCUAUUCCUAUUUCCCCCCCUAAUUGCUCUUCCACUGUCAUCGCUCUCUGCACGCCGCGAUCCUCAGAGAAGUUGAUUUCUUCGGUAUUUCAUCUCUUCUGUCAUCGCCAUUUUUGCUUUCUUGAGCUUCAGAAACCCACAGGAUGAAUAACAGUUCCGAUGAAGAAUCGGAGAUCAGUGAGUCUGAGAUUGAUGCGUAUUGUGAUGAAAAGCCUUACAAGCUACUCAAGAACGGGAAAUACAAGGUUAAGCUGAGGGAGGACACAUUCAGGUGCCCUUUUUGCUCAGGGAAGAAGAAGCAACACUACAAGUACAAGGAGCUGCUUGCUCAUGCCACUGGUGUUGCCAAAGGAUCUGCGAGUAGAAGUGCUAAGCAAAAAGCAAAUCACCUCGCUUUGAGAAAGUACAUGGAGAAUGAGCUUGCUGGCGAUGCUCAACUCCCACGCCUACAACUUAUUUUGUACAAAAAGCAGCCCGAAGCAGUUGAUAGUGACAUUUAUGUCUGGCCUUGGAUGGGGAUUGUCAUCAGACCACUCAGAACAACUGAUGACAAGAAUUUGCUCCUUGAUUCAUUUUACUGGUUGAAGAAGCUCUCCAGAUUCAACCCUCUUGAGGUGAACACCCUUUGGCUUGAGCAGGAUUCUGUAGUUGCCGUCGUAUCUAAGUUUAACAGUGGUAUGAGUGGGUUUAAUAGUGCCACAAAUCUUGAUAAGGAAUAUGAGAUUAAGCGCUGCGGCAAAAAAGACUGGAGUGAUAAAAUAGGAGACUGGAGGUCCAAGGAUUAUGGUUGGUGCGCACGUGCAGAUGACUACAACUCUCAAGGGUCGAUAGCGGAGUACCUGUCAACAGUAGGAAGCCUGAAAAGUUUCUCUGACAUUUCCAAGGAGGAAAUGCAGAAUACGAAUAUUGUGGUUGAUGAUCUAGCUAAUAAGAUUGCUAUGACGAAUGAGGAUCUGAACAAGGUCCAGUACAAGUACAACGAGAAGGCGAUUUCUCUGCACAAUGUUCUCAGAGAGAAAGAGGAACUGGACCAAGCUUAUAAAAAAGAAACAAAAAGAAUGCAGGAGCUUUCGCGGCACAAGAUUGACGAGAUCUUAAGAGAAAAAGAAUGGCUGAGUAAUGAACUGGAGUCUAAGAUGAAAAAUCUGAAGCUUUGGUCCAAAGAAUUGAACAAGAAGGAAGCACUAACGGAACUGGAGAGACAAAGGCUCGAUGAAGACAAGAAGAAGAUCGAUGCCCUCCAGUUAGUUUCACUGGAGCAGAAAAAGACGGAUGAUCGCUUCGUGAGACUUGUGGAAGAACACAAGAGGAAAAAAGAAGAGACUUUGAACAAGAUCCUUCAGCUUGAGAAGGAGUUAGACAGCAAGCAGAAACUUCAAAUGGAAAUUCAAGAGCUGAAAGGAAAGCUGCAAGUCAUGAGGCAUAUGGAAGAUGAAGAUGACGAGGACGUUAAGGAGAAGAUGAAGAAAAUGAAUGAAGAUCUGGAGGAGAAGUGUUCAGAGUUGCAAGAUCUAGAGGAACUUAACUCGACUCUCAUGAUAAAAGAACGCCAAGGCAAUGAUGAGAUCCAAGAAGCCCGUGAAGAAUUGAUUACGGGACUGAGAGAACUGUUGAGUGAUCGAACGAACAUCAGAAUAAAGAGGUUGGGAGAACUUGAUGAAAAGCCUUUCAUGAAAGCAUGCAAAGAGAGAUUCACUGGGGAAGAAGCUGAUGUGCAACACGCCAUGCUUUGCUCGAAGUGGCAGGAAAACCUCAAGGAUCCAGCAUGGUACCCAUUCAAACGCGUAGGGACAGGGGACAAAAUGCAGGAAGUGGUGGAUGAAGAAGAUGAGCAAAUUAGGAGCCUGAGAGAAGAGUGGGGAGAAGAUGUGAAGAACGCGGUUAAGAGAGCACUGGAGGAGCUGAAUGAGUUUAAUCCAAGUGGUCGUUAUUCAGUCCCGGCACUUUGGAAUUUCAAAGAAAAAAGAAAAGCCACACUGAAAGAAGUGAUUGAGUACAUGACGCUGCAGAUCAGGAAUCUCAAUCUCAAACGCAAACGAACGUGCUAGGACGCAGAUGCUAGAGGAUGAACAAUAUAGUGUGGUCGUUGGUUUAAGUUUUCAACCCUUUUAUUUAAGGAAUUGAUUUAUGGUAUAUUUAAAUGUUUUGUAAGCUUUUCGACGAUCAACAUGUCUAUGCCAAAGUUUUUUUA